ACACACGAGCCAGUUUCCGCCCGGAGGUGUGAGUGUCGCACCCCAUAAGAAGCAAGUACCGCCACACGCCAUUGUAUGAAUUUGUUGCUUUCAAUACUUUUCGUUUAAUUUUAUAAAGGAUUUAUAUAGGUAGAUUUAACAGUCCACUGUUAAAUCAUUAGCUCCCGCUUUUAAGAAAAAACAUUUUAUUUACAAGUAAGGACAUGGCAACAGAUUCGUGGGCCCAGGCUGUCGAUGAACAAGAAGCCGCAGCGGAGUCGAUAAGCACCUUGCAAAUAAAUGAAAAAGAUGAAAAGCCGAAAGCUGAAGCAAAUGGGGCAAAGACAGAAGGAAAUGGCAAUAAGACAGAGGAGGAUGAUAAAGAGGACAAGGCAGCACAGUCACUGCUGAAUAAAUUGAUCCGCAGUAAUCUAGUCAACACGACCAAUCAAGUUGAAGUCCUCCAGAGGGAUCCGAGCUCUCCGCUAUACUCCGUCAAGUCAUUUGAAGAGCUACGAUUGAAACCUCAGCUGUUGCAAGGAGUGUAUGCCAUGGGUUUCAACAGACCCUCCAAAAUCCAGGAGACCGCAUUGCCCAUGAUGCUUGCAGAACCUCCACAGAAUCUCAUCGCUCAGUCUCAGUCAGGCACGGGUAAAACGGCUGCCUUUGUGCUGGCAAUGUUAAGUCACGUGGACCCUGAAAACAAAUGGCCUCAGUGUCUGUGUGUGUCCCCCACAUAUGAGCUGGCCCUGCAGACCGGCAAGGUCAUUGAGCAGAUGGGGAAAUUUUACCCUGAAGUCCAACUAGUGUAUGCCAUCAGAGGAAACAAAUUGGAGCGGGGAACAAAACUACAGGAACAGAUCGUGAUUGGCACGCCUGGUACUGUUUUGGAUUGGUGCCAAAAGCUUAAAUUCAUCGACCCCAAGAAGAUCAAGGUUUUUGUCCUGGAUGAGGCUGAUGUCAUGAUUGCUACACAGGGCCAUCAAGACCAGAGCAUUCGUAUCCAGAGGAUGCUUCCUAAAACUUGCCAGAUGCUCCUGUUCUCUGCUACAUUUGAAGAAACUGUGUGGAAUUUUGCGAAGAGGAUCGUUCCCGACCCCAACAUCAUUAAACUUAAGCGUGAAGAGGAGACUCUGGACACCAUCAAGCAGUACUAUGUCAUCUGCAACAGCAAGGAGGAGAAAUUCCAGGCUUUGUGCAACAUCUACGGAGCCAUUACUAUCGCACAGGCCAUGAUCUUCUGCCACACCAGGAAAACAGCCGGAUGGCUGGCAGGAGAACUGUCCAGAGAAGGCCACCAGGUGGCGCUGCUCAGCGGAGAGAUGCAGGUGGAACAGAGGGCAGCGGUCAUCGAACGUUUCCGUGAUGGCAAGGAGAAAGUCCUUGUUACCACUAAUGUCUGUGCUAGAGGUAUUGACGUGGAGCAAGUUUCAGUUGUCAUCAACUUCGAUCUGCCAGUGGACAAGGAUGGCAACCCUGACAAUGAAACAUAUUUGCACAGAAUCGGGCGUACUGGGAGAUUCGGCAAGAGGGGGUUGGCGAUCAACAUGGUGGACAGCAGGUUUAGCAUGAACAUCCUCAACCGCAUCCAGGAGCACUUCAAUAAGAAAAUCGAGAAGCUGGACACAGAUGAUUUGGAUGAAAUUGAGAAAAUCGCUAACUGAGCGGCCGUCUUUGUUCUUCUAAUAGGACUCUGCUCACGCUACAUUUUAAUUCAGAGGCUGGAAUCAGAGCUGUGCCAGAGAGGAUGUUUACAUGUGCAGCAGUUUUAUCUCAGAUGGUGUUUUUAAUUGUUUCACUCUUUGUACUUCUUAAUAAAGUCUGAAUGUGUAGUCUUAACGUCACGUGUAGGAGAAUGCUACAGCAGCGAUCUGGGAUUGACACAUGGAAUAUGCCUUUCAAUAUUAACAAUUUCAUCAUGCACCUUUUAAAUUGACUUUUAAACAGCUUGCCUUCACACCAAGUGUGCAAGAAAUUACAUUGACUGUUAUAUUGAUUUUUAAUAGGGGAUUCCAAACCAAGGACUCAUUUGCUGAUGGAUUUUUUUUUUUUUUUAAUUUGUUUGCUUUAAAAUUAAAGUAUGCAUGGUUCUAUAUGUCAUGAAAGAUUUUCGGUCAAGUAUAUUUGUGUUUUAUGAAACUGGGUGCAGCUACAUUUGAUUUUGUGACACUCCAAACUAGGAGUGAAAAUGCAGGGUUUAUUUAAUAAUAUGAGAGAUUGCUGUUAUUGUGUUGUUCAUCAAUACUCAAUACCUCACGAAGUAAAACAUUUCUACUGAAAGGAUGCUGGCUGUUAUUGGCUUUGAAUUAAAAAGAAAUAGUUGCCAAAGUCCUUUUAUUAGUAUAAAAAUCAUGUAAAAGCCAAAGAUUUGUGCCUCCAUUGGAUUCGUCAGUACUCGAUUUAACGUGGAAUAAUGCAAAAUGGUCUAUUCGUUGUAUUGAAAUAAUGCCAUGUAUAUUUAAUAAGUACAAAGAGUGAAAUAGUAUAUUCAACAGAUGCAGUGUAAUGAAAGCAGAUAUGUCAUGGCAGAAGCGUUAUUUGUGUCCCCAGUAACAGACUGUACUGAAUUGUAAAAACGAUCAGGUUUAAGUACACAAAUGCAACUGAAUUUGUAACCGCAGAAGGCUGUGCCACAUUCCCAUUUGCAGCCGCCUUAAAAAUGUAAAAGGCAGAUGUGAACGCAUCUACAAUCUCACUGUAUUCUUCAGGGUAUCCAUAGCAAAUGAUUAUUUUAUAUUAUGGAACAUUUUAAUUCAACCACUCUAAACUCAACCGACACUGCACUCAGCUCCAUUAUAUAUGCAUUAUAUACGUAUAGUUUAUUCAUUGGCAUAAGGUUGGGGUAAAGUGUGUCAGUCGAACCCUAUCUUUGAAGGGAAGACGUUUAGAUGAUGAAAUACUGGAUCAAUCAAUACAUCUUCUGAUGCCUUGUUCAUUUGUCUGUUUGGUUCAAGCUGUCAAUCAUACCUGUUACAAUGAUGUUAAAUAGAGGAUUUUAUUUUUUUGGCAUUUGUUCUUGUAAACGUUGAUGUGAAGUCUAUGAUUAAAUGAAAGGACUGUGUAGAAAACCAUAAUUGAUCUGGUGUUGCAUCAGAUAAUAAAUGGACAUGUCUAUUAUCAAACACA